AUGGGGCCCAAGGCCGAGCCUGGCUUCGUCGUGUGCACGGGCUGCCGCUACCGCUGGAACUUCCGCAAGAACGCGAAGUGCUGGCUGUGCGGGAUCGGGCUGGAGCUGGCGCCCGCGAAGCCUUCGCCCCGUGGCGGGGUCUGGGCGGACGGCGGCGGCGGCGGCGGCUCCCAACUCGCACAUCGUGGUGGCGGCGGCGGAGGCCCGCCGAAGGAUGGCGCCAAGGGCGGCAAGGGCGGCAAGGGCCGCGGUGCAGCCUCCCGAGGCGGCGGCGGCGGUGGCGCGGGCGGCCGUGGCGGAGGCGCCUUCCCGAAGGCCCCCUGGUCGACCCCGCCCGAGAGCGAGCUCGACGCGCUCCUCGCCUGUGGGGGCCCCGCCAUCGCGGCCAGGCUGCAGGAGGCGGUCCGCGACGCGCGGGGCUACGUCGCGCCCGCGGUCGCCCCAGCGCCGAAGCCGCUCGAGCAGCGGCUGCAGUCGGCCACGGCGAAGCGGAUCAACCUCCAGCGCCAGCUCGACGAGGCGGCGGACGCGCUCGUGGCGGCGGAGGACCACCUCGCUGAGUGCCGCGGCUGGCGCGACGAGGCUGCGGUCAACCUCGCGGACGCCAAGGAGGAGGAGAACGCCCUCCUGCGCCAGCGUGCCCAGGCGGCUGGCGUCGUGGGCGCCCAGCCCGACGGCGCGAGGCAGCUCACCUUCAACUUCGACGCGGAGUCGUUCGACACCUUCGCGGAGCUGGAGGAGGAGGCGCAGGCCACCCUCAGGCGCCUCUGCGAUGAGGGGCUCCAGAUCAUGCAGGGCGCGCAGGCUACGUUCGAGCGCAACUGCCAGGAGCACCAGCAGCGCAUCAAGCGCCAGAUCGAGGAGGAGGUGGCCAAGAAGCGCAAGCGCACCGAGGAGGGGCCUGCAGCAGCCGUGGCCCCUGGCACCCCCGAGCAGGGCGCGGACAUGCGGCCGCCCCUGCUGCCGCCGCCGCCCCCGCCGCGGGCGCUGCGCCAGGAGCUGGGCCCCCCCCGGCGGCAGCCGUGGAGAGCCGAGCGGCAGGCGAGGCGGCCCGCCAGCGCGCUGCCGACCAGAAGGCCGCUGCGGCGGCCCCUCCACCUGCUGCUGGCGCUGCUGCUGGCAGUGGCCAGGCCCGCGGGUAGCACCCUGCUGCCAGGCGGCGGCCCCGACAGCGCGGCGCCGCCCGCUGAGGAGGCGGAGGCGGCGGCGCCCAGCCGCUCCGUGGUGGCGGCGGCGCCGAGCGGCGGCCUGCACGCCCACCUGGCGGCCAACGAGCAGGCCGACGCCUUCGAGGAGUUCUUCGAGGCCGCGGAGCUCCACCUGAUCGACCAGUUCGGCAUCUCCGAGGGUGAGAGGUACCAGGGCAGGGCCAAAGCCCGUGACGCGGCACGCUACGCCGCCGAGUUCGAGGUCCAGGCCGCGGAGUCGGGCAUGCGGGACUCCUGGCCCAUCAGCUCGCUGGAGCUGGUCGACCUCACCCCCUACAUGGCGGCGGAGAUCGACGGCGAGGCCGACUAUUUGUACACCGCCGCGGCGGAGCCCGCCCCUGGGACAGGUGGAUUCAGCCCACCGAAGUCGCAGUCCCAGGGGCGCGGCGAGUUCGGGAUGAUGCACGACGCGGAGGUGCGCGCGGCUGACGAUGGCGAGGUGCAGGCCUCAGCGGCUGACGGCGGCCCCCGCCUCGCCACGGCGGCGGCCCUGGCAGCGGCGGCGGCAGCUGGCGCCUCCAGCUCGAGGCCUUCGCCCGCGAGGCGCCGCCCAGCCUCGGCCGAGACGCCCGCGGAGGUGCUGCGCCGAGUGGCCCAGCGCAGGGCGCAGGAGCAGCCGAGGCGCCGCGAGGCCCCGGCGCCCGCGCCCAGCCCGCGCCUGGCGGCGGCAGCGGCGGCGGGCAGCGGCCCAGCCCCUGCGGAGGGCCACGGCGCGGAGGAGCAGGCGCUUGAGGCGGCGCCCGUGCCAGCGCAGCGGCAGCCUGCUGCCGCCCCGCCCCCGCCACCUGCGGCUGGCGCUGGGAGCCAGGUUGCUGCGCUGCCGAGCGCCGCGGCGCCCCAGCGCCUGGCCGCGGCGGCCCCGCGGGCGGAGGACGCCGAGCCGCGGCGGUUCCGCCCAGGGCUCGAGGGCGUCCUCCGCGCACACGGCUUCGCGGACGCUGCGGCGGCCCGCGAGCGCGGGAGAGCCGCGAGGGCAGCGGCGUCCCGCGCAGGGGGCGAGGGGACGCUGCCCCACGACCACGAGGACCAGAUGAACUUAGGCAUCCGGAUCAUCACAAACGCCUACCAGGGCAAGACGCAGACGCUCCAGCAGGAGAUAAGGGGGCUGCAAGUGAGGUGCGACGAGCAGCGUGCCAACGUCGGAUCUCUGCAGAAGAGGAGCUCCACCCUCGAGGUGGAGCUCGUGGAGAGCCGCCAGCGCCACCAGCAGCUUGCGGAGGAGAACAAGGAGCUGAGGAAGACCGUGGACACGCUCGACAAGCAGAUAACGAGGCUGGACGCGCUCAGGAAGCAGGUCCUGCAGUCCAUCCAGAACGACAACACGGACGCAGCGCAGCUCGGGGAGACCUCGCACCUAAUGAGCGACGAGUACUUGAGGAACGCCACGCCGAUCACCUCCGCGGAGUGCGGCUUCGGCGGCGCCGCCGCGCCCCCCCGCGGCCGCGCCCCGGCGGCGCUCGGGGGCCACGACUCCGUGGCCGCCCUGGACGGCAGCCAGAGGCUUGGCAUUGAGCAGGGUGCCCCACCGCCCUCUGCACCAGACGGCAAGCAGUUCUUCCGGCAGGCACGCAGCCAGCUCUCUUACGAGGCUUUCAACUUGUUCCUCUCGAGCAUCAAGCGGCUGAAUAACCAGCAGCAGACGCGGGAGGAGACUUUGGACGAGGCACGCAAAAUAUUCGGCCCCGAGCUGUCUGGUCUUUAUCGGGACUUCGAGGCGCUGCUUACAAGCCACGGCAUGUGA